AUGAGUGCAAAUCAGAGAUUAAUCACAAGAUUAACAAAUACGCUUCCACCUAACCUGAAGAUUAUCGACUAUUUGAUUCAAAGCAAGCUAUCACUUGAUGAACCAGCCACAAGAAUGCUUCAAGACUUAAUUCGAGAAGUUAUUGAAGGUUUACCGAGUACAGGAAAUUCUACAAAGAAGGCUAUUGAUCUUAAGGAUAUUGGCCAAUUCGAUAUUAAUAAAAUAUCAAUUUCACAACAGCAACAACAAAAAGAUUUACGUCAAAUUGUAGAAAAUUUAAUAAAGGAACUUAAAUAUGAUAAUGCCUUAUAUGAACUUGAGCAAACUCGUUCAAAAGAAACUCUCAAAUCUUAUGAUAAAGAAUUCUUUGAAAUCUUCUUAUUUAAACUUGAUUUCAGGCGCGCAUUAGUAUACGCUGAAUCACUUAAUGACCCAGAGAAAAUUUUCAUCACUGCUUUUGCAACAGGAAACUUUGAAAAGGCAAAAUCAUUAUUCUCAAGUAUUUCACCAAUAAUAAAUGCUGAAAAAUCUAAAUACAUCACAGUCUACGAACUAUUCCAAAUGCAGCUCAUAGUUUCGUUAAUUGAAGAUCCUCUUUUAGCUUUUAUCGAAUUUUACGAGAGAAACAACAUCAUUCUUUCUAAAUACGAUUACGAUCUUUUCUCAGAGAUGUAUACCUCCUUAAAAGUACACAAUUUCAUCAACGCUUUCAACCUUAUAAAUCAAAUCCAAGUUCAAAUGUGUUACUCAUGCUUUUCAGCACAUAUUUCAGAAGAAAUCGCAUCUCGCAUCAGAUUUAACAUAUUCACUUCUAUUCUACAGUCUUACGGAAGAGUUUCAAUCAAAAAAUUACAUCAAAUCACGAACAUCGGCCAUGAACAGAUUAUUUCAUAUACAAGAAGCGCAAUACGCUCAGGCAAAGUCUUUGGAAAGCUUGAUCUUUGCAAUGAAGAGUUUUUCAACCAAAAUGAAAAUCCACAGUUCCUCAAUCGCGAAAUCUGCGACAAACUUAAGAUAUGUGUUCAUAAGAUGAAUCUUUCCCAUCAAAUUGAGUCGGACAUAGCAUUAAAUGCCGGUUUUGCUAUUUAA